AUGCCGUCCAGCGAGUACACCACGGUGGGCACGGGCAAGCUCAAGCUCAAGGGUGUCAAAGACUCAAAGGUGGACAAGAAAAAGAAAAAGAAGCUCAAGCCCAAGGAUGAACAGGGAACCAACGCCGGCGACGGCGACUCUUUUCAAGACAGAUCUGUCAUGCUGAAAAGUCUGCAAGACGAAGACGCCCAAAUCGCCAAAGAAGAGCGACGCGAGGAGGACCGGUCGAAGGGCAAGGAAGUGGAGACGGGCACCGGCGACGAGAGAGACGACGACAGAGUGAUUGUCAAGACAGAGGCCGAACGACGGUACGAAGAGCAACGGCGAAAAAGGUUGGAAGAGCGGCUCAGGCGAGAAGGCAUCAAGUCCCACAAAGAGCGCGUCGAGGAGUUGAAUCGCUAUCUGAGCAGUCUCAGCGAGCACCACGACAUGCCGCGCAUAGGACCGGGAUAA